AUGCAUACUUUCAUCGUCUUGCUGUUAACGGGGUUCGCCUGGCAAAUCAAUGCAAAGAACUAUGUACGCGUCUGUUACCACACCAACUGGUCUCAGUAUCGCCCAGGUGCAGGUAAGUUCUGGCCUGAGAAUAUCGACCCCGAUCUUUGCACACAUUUGGUGUACUCUUUUGCCAAGAUUAACCGUAACAACGACAAACUGGCUAUGUACGAGUGGAACGAUGACAAACUAUACCCAAGGUUUAACGCACUAAAGAAGAAAAACCCAGGUUUGAGAACCCUUCUGGCCGUAGGUGGUUGGAACCACGAGAAUCAUAACAGCCCAUUCUCCAAGAUGGUCAAAACUGCAGCUUCUAAGGCUACCUUUAUACCUGAACUAUGA